AUGCCCUCGGAAUGGGAUCGGCCCCAUAUGCGUUGGACACUUCGGCUCGAAUAUGUUCUAUCCGAUCGAACUGCCCUCGAUGCUUUCCGAGACUGGCUUGGCGCCAAUUCGAAUCCUCAGCCCCUGGAGUUGCACUUCGCAGUACUUGCGUACGAUCGAAUGUCAGCACAACGAAACGCCCAAACAGCUGAAUUGGCUCGAUCGAUCUACCAAAAAUAUAUAUCCCUUCGAACGGCUUCCGCUUGUUUUAACUUUAUUCCUCACAAAAUUCGGCAAGAGAUUGGUAUACGCCUGAAAUCCACUGGCUCAGGUUUUCCUGAUCCUAGACUGUUCGCUGGUGUACUACCAUACCUUGACUCAUUCCUACGUCAGCAGCACGAGCAAUUUGUUUGUUCUGAGGAAUUUCUCGAGGCAUUCAAUAGGGUGAAUAUGAGUGAAGAUUCCGGCGACGUUCCAACCGAACGACGUCGAUCUGCUGCGAAUUCGAAGAAACCACAACUCACUGCAGAGACGCUGAUGAAAUCGAGGCACGACAGGGAGCAUGUUCUGGGAGAAAGGUUACGCAGCAUUCGAGAGGAACACCUACGAGGAAAUCCAACGACAUUCGCGAUUCCGCGAGUGGAACAUCAUUCGAAGGGUGAUACAAUGCAGUUUGAUCAUAACACCGAGGAAGGUGCGUUUUGA